AUGCUCAGUGUAAAGUCUGCUGUUCCAACAUAAUACCUACCUACAGGCACAGACAGGGAGGAUAAGGCAGCAUCUGAAUCUGUUACAACUCACAUUGAACCUUUUCUUUGAAUAAGUUCUCUCUCUCUCUCUCUCUCCUCUCUUCUCAGCCUCUCUCUCCUCUCUCUCUUUCCUACUCGCUCUCUCUAUCUCUCUCCUAUCUCUCUCACUCCAUUACCUCCAUCCUUACCUCCUCCUCAACUCCCGACCUCCCCCCUCCCUCCCUCCAGCACUUGCAGGCGGAGAUCCCACCAGAAGGGAAGAGGCAGAGACAACCUGUCGGCCAUUCAGAGCUGGAGUCACACUUCCCUCUCCUUAUCUCUUUCUUUGGCUGCCUUCAGAACUUUCUCUCUUCCCAUAUACAUGCAGUCAGGUUAGAUCAAUGAUAACAGUGCAGAGUGUGAGAAAAACAUGAUCUGAAGCUGCAAUUGUUCCCUAGUCUCUCUCUCUCUCUCUCUCUCUCUCUCUCUCUCUCUCUCUCUCUCUCUCUCUUCUCUCUCCCUCUCCUCUCUCUCUCUCUACUCUCUCCUCUCCCCCCCUCUCUCUCUCCUAUCUCUCAGUAUGUCGGCUCUCGUCUUGGGAAAGGACUUAUGCUGAAACGUCAAUAUUAAACGUGAACUAUAUCCCAUGUUCUUGUUCUGUUGCUGUAGGAUGUGGACUCUGCCACCCUGGCCAGGCUGGACCUGGAGAGACGCAUCGAGAGCCUGCAGGAGGAGAUCGCCUUCCUCAAGAAGAUUCAUGAAGAGGUCAGUAUGGUCCUGCAGGGCCCUUUGAGAUAACUCAUAACCUUUUCACACUACUGAGCCAAGCCAGGCGAAUCUGAACUGGGCUGGCCUGUUUACGCUUCUACCAUAUUUGCUGGAACCAUGCUACAAGGUCAAUGUGAACAGAACAUAUCCAAACCAGUACAUUGUGCUGUAGAAACAGGAGAUAGGCUCCUGCCCUAUACUCCCAGAUACUGUACUCCCAACCACUAUACUCCCAGCUACUAUACUCCCAUCUACUGUACUACCAGCUACUGUACUCCAAGCUACUGUACUCCCAGCUACUAUACUCCCAGCUACUAUACUCCCAGCUACUAUACUCCCAGCUACUAUACUCCCAACCACUAUACUCCCAGCUACUGUACUCCCAGCUACUGUACUCCCAGCUACUAUACUCCCAUCUACUAUACUCCAAACCACUAUACUCCCAGCUACUGUACUCCCAGCUACUAUACUCCCAACCACUAUACUCCCAGCUACUGUACUCCCAGCUACUGUACUCCCAGCUACUAUACUCCCAUCUACUGUACUACCAGCUACUAUACUCCAAACCACUAUACUCCCAGCUACUAUACUCCCAGCUACUAUACUCCCAGCUACUAUACUCCCAGCUACUAUACUCCCAGCUACUAUACUCCCAGCUACUAUACUCACAGCUACUAUACUCCCAGCUACUAUACUCCCAGAUACUAUGCUACCAGCUACUGUACUCCAAGCUACUGUACUCCAAGCUACUAUACUCCCAGCUACUAUACUCCCAGCUACUAUACUCCCAGCUACUAUACUCCCAGAUACUAUUCUCCCAGCUACUAUACUCCCAGUUACUAUACUCCAAGCUACUAUACUCCAAGCUGAUAUACUCCCAGCUACAAUACUCCCAGCUACUGUACUCCCAGCUACUAUACUCCCAUCUACUGUACUACCAGCUACUGUACUCCAAGCUACUGUACUCCCAGCUACUAUACUCCCAGCUACUAUACUCCCAGCUACUAUACUCCCAGCUACUAUACUCCCAGCUACUGUACUCCCAGCUACUGUACUCCCAGCUACUAUACUCCCAUCUACUGUACUACCAGCUACUAUACUCCAAACCACUAUACUCCCAGCUACUAUACUCACAGCUACUAUACUCCCAGCUACUAUACUCCCAGAUACUAUGCUACCAGCUACUGUACUCCCAGAUACUAUGCUACCAGCUACUGUACUCCAAGCUACUGUACUCCAAGCUACUAUACUCCCAGCUACUAUACUCCCAGCUACUAUACUCCCAGAUACUAUUCUCCCAGCUACUAUACUCCCAGUUACUAUACUCCAAGCUACUAUACUCCAAGCUGAUAUACUCCCAGAUACUGUACUCCCAGCUACAAUACUCCCAGCUACUGUACUCCCAGCUACUAUACCCCCAGCUACUGUACUCCCAGCUACUAUACUCCAAGCUACUAUACUCCCAGAUACUGUACUCCAAGCUACUGUACUCCCAGCUACUAUACUCCAAGCUACUAGUCAUGCCCUGCACAGUGGGUGGGACUUUCCUGGUUUCUAAAGGCAUAGGUCAUAAUUUCUAUAGCAAGUGGAUCAUAUAUGUGACACUCACUCCUAUGGUAGCCUGAACAUUCUGGGCAAAUAUAACACACAUACUUACUGUGAACACACACACGCACCGCACACCACGCACACACAUACACACAACCGUACAGUUACACAGUGCACAGUGGAUGGAGGAACUUUGAUCUGGUUUCUAAAGUCAGAUCCUUUCAUGCUUUCUCUUCUGACAUUUGACUUCAGUGCUAUGCUGGCCUGUCUUGGUGAAGGCAGAGUGUCAGCUGGGCCUGGCCUGUGACAUGGAGGGCCCUCUGUUCAACAGAUGCACAGCUAAAAUUAAACCAUGAGAGAGAGAGAUUGGCAGCUGGGAAAUAUGUAGGACAGAGAGAGAGACCAUUGGUCCUGUAUAUGUAGGACAGAGAGAGAGAGAGAGACCAUUGGUCCUGUCUAUGUAGGACAGAGAGAGAGAGAGACCAUUGGUCCUGUCUAUGUAGCACAGAGAGAGAGAGAGAGACCAUUGGUCCUGUCUAUGUAGGACAGAGAGAGAGAGAGAGAGAGACCAUUGGUCCUGUCUAUGUAGGACAGAGAGAGAGAGACCAUUGGUCCUGUCUAUGUAGGACAGAGAUAUAUAGAGAGAGACCAUUGGUCCUGUCUAUGUAGGACAGAGAGAGAGAGAUACCAUUGGUUCUGUAUAUGUAGGACAGAGAGAGAGAGAGAGAGAGAGAAAAAGACCAUUGGUCCUGUCUAUGUAGGACAGAGAGAGAGAGAGAGAGAAAGAGACCAUUGGUCCUGUCUAUGUAGGACAGAGAGAGAGAGAGAGAGAGAGAGAGAGAGAGAGAGAGAGAGAGAGAGAGAGAGAGAGAGAGGAGAGAGAGAUAGAGAUCCGAGAGAGGAGAGAGAGAGAGACCAUUGGUGCUGUCUAUGUAGGACAGAGAGAGAGAGACACCAUUGGUCCUGUAUAUGUAGGACAGAGAGAGAGAGAGACCAUUGGUCCUGUAUAUGUAGGACAGGGAGAGAGAGACCAUUGGUCCUGUCUAUGUAGGACAGAGAGAGAGCGAGACGGAACCAUUGGUCCUGUCUAUGUAGGACAGAGAGAGAGAGAGAGAGAGAGAGCAUUGGUCCUGUCUAUGUAGGACAGAGAGAGAGAGAGACCAUUGGUCCUGUCUAUAUAGGACAGAGAGAGAGAGAGACCAUUGAUCCUGUCUAUGUAGGACAGAGAGGGAGAGAGAGAGAGUCCAUUGGUCCUGUCUAUGUAGGACAGAGAAAGAGAGAGAGACCAUUGGUCCUGUCUAUGUAGGACAAAGAGAGAGAUACCAUUGGUCCUGUCUAUAUAGGACAGAGAGAGAGAGAGACCAUUGGUCCUGUCUAUGUAGGACAGAGAGAGAGAGAGACCAUUGGUCCUGUCUAUGUAGGACUGAGAGAGAGUGAGAGAGAGACCAUUGGUCCUGUAUAUGUAGGACAGAGAGAGAGAGAGACCAUUGGUCCUGUCUAUUGUAGGAGCCAGAGUUUCUGUAAAUUGAAUGACUCAGGAAAGUUGAGGAAAGAAGGAUCUCAUUAUGCUAAAGGUUGAUAAUCCUUGAAAAGGAAAAUACACAACACUUGCUCACCAUAAAACCGUAUUAUUUAAUUUAAGCAACUAUAAAAAGCUUGACGUUUCAGCCUUCAUCGAUGACCUUCAUCAGAACCUCUUUUCACAAAGACUAGUAAUCCAAAUAAAAUCCUGUUUAUACUACUACGAAGAACAUCCCUGCGUCACUCUCCACUGUAGCAUAGAGAUUCUGAUUCUUGCAUAUAAAACCACUCUGAUACAAUGCUAGUUGACCCCUAUAACACCUGACCUCUGACCCCGGACCUUUAAUGCCUAAUCUUUCACAUCUGACCUCAAACCCCUGCAGGAGAUCCAUGAGCUGACGAGCCAGAUGCAGGAGACCUCAGUACAGGUCCAGAUGGACAUGUCCAAACCGGACCUGACCGCUGCCCUCAGGGACAUCCGCAUGCAGUACGAGGGCAUCGCCGCCAAGAACAUCUCAGAGGCAGAGGACUGGUACAAGUCCAAGGUAAACACCACCUAUAAUACACAGUAGUAUUAUAUAUUCUGGUACAGGACAGAGGACUGGUGCAAGUCCAAGGUAAACACCACCUAUAAUACACAGUAGUAUUAUAUAUUCUGGUACAGUGCAGAGGACUGGUACAAGUCCAAGGUAAACACCACCUAUAAUACACAGUAGUAUUAUAUAUUCUGGUACAGUGCAGAGGACUGGUACAAGUCCAAGGUAAACACCACCUAUAAUACACAGUAGUAUUAUAUAUUCUGGUACAGUGCAGAGGACUGGUACAAGUCCAAGGUAAACACCACCUAUAAUACACAGUAGUAUUAUAUAUUCUGGUACAGUGCAGAGGACUGGUGCAAGUCCAAGGUAAACACUAGAAAUAUGGGUGGGUAAUGACAGUGGGGUCAUGGUUAGAGAGGCUUGCUGCCAUCGUGAUGGUUGAGAUAAUUGUCUUAGGACCGUACAGAACAGGGCUGGGCUUUAUUCUGUUUCAAUUCAGUUCAUUCAUUCAAUUGGAAUGAAAUGAAAUCGACCCCAACCCUGGCACAGAACAUGAUAAAAUCCCAACAUUAUCUGUGUGUGACUGCCAGUGAUAGAUAAGCCAAAGCUGUAUAUGAUAUGUGGACUGGGACAGUCGCUAAGCCAGCAUCUAUUCUAACCCAUGUCUCCACUUCCUCUCCAGGUGUCAGACCUGAACCAGGCUGUGAACAAGAACAACGAUGCUCUGAGACAGGCCAAACAGGAGAGCAUGGAGUUCAGACACCAAGAUCCAGUCCUACACCUGCGAGAUCGACUCUCUCAAGGGAACCGGAGUACUUAUUAAAAUCCUAAAUCCUCCUGGACAACACACACCAACCCCGGACAACUACCCACCCCAACCUCCGGACAUUACUUACUUCCUACUCAUACCCCCUGGGGUAUUUCGCAUCCUACCUUAUCCCCCUGGACUAUUACAAUCCUACUUAUAUCCUCCGGGCUAUUAACUUCCUAUCUAAUCUCUGACUAUUACUACAUCCUAUCUAAUCCCUGGACUAUUACUCCAUCCUACUCACAUCCCCGGACUAUUUUAAUCCCACUCUAUAUUUUCCUGGACUAUUACUAAUCCACUUACAUCCUCCUGGGCAUACUACUUCCUACUUAUAUCCCCUGGACUAUCAAAACCAUCUAAUUUGGAUAUUACUCCAUCCCAUUAUAUCCUCCUACUUAUUUCUCCCUCCUAUUAUAUCCUCCUGGAAUAUAAACCUACUCUAAUCCCCUGGACAUUACUAAUCCUACUUAUACCCUCCUACUCUAUUUUAAUCCACUUAUUCCUCCGGACUAUUUCUCCCUCCACUCUAUAUCCCUGGACUAUUAAAACCUACUUAUUCCCCCGGACUAUUACUACCCUAUUAUAUCCUCCUACUUAACUAAUCCUUUUUAAAAUCCCUUGGACAUUAGAAUAGUCCCCGGGGAUUAGAGUAGGGUGAGUAAAAGUAUAUUACACUCUACCUAAUCCUCCCGGACUUUACUAAACCUACUCAUAUCCUCCUGGAUAUUUCUCCAUCCUAUCUUUUCCUCCUGGACUAUACUACACCACUCUAUAUCCCCCGGAUUUACUACUCCUACUUAUACCCCCCCUUUUUCUCCCCUCACCCAAUUCCCCCACUUCUUUUCCGGCACCACCUACCUUUCCCCUUAAUUUCCCUCUUUAAACCCUACCUAUUUAAUACCUUUUCUCCUGACUUUUUUAAACCCAAGGGGUUUUAAGUUUUUAACCCCUCUUAUUUUUCCGGUUUUCUCCUUUUCUUUUUCCCCUUGGCUUUUUCCCCCCCUUUACCCUGGCCCUUCAAAUCCCUUUUGGGUUUUUCCCUCAAUCUAUUAUUUUAAAAUCCAUCAACCCCGGACUAUUCCAUCCACCUAUACCCGGGAAUAACAACCACUCUUUUCCUCUGGACUAUUUUCUACAUCCUACUUAUAUUCCCCCACUAUUUCAAUCCUAUUUUAUUUCCUCCUGGAAACUAAUUAUUUUAAAAUUUCCGGGGGUAUUUAAAAAAAUUAUACCCGGGGUAUUAACAUCCUACUCUAUAUCCUCCUGGAUUACAAUCUACUUAAUCUCCCGGAUAUUACUCUCCUACUCAUACCUCGGACAUACUACUCUAUCUUAUAUCCCCUGGACUAUAACAUCCUAUCAAUCCCCCUACUAUUCUAAAUCCUAUCUAUUCCUGGGCUAUUUUCCCCCCACCAAUCCCUGGGCUAUCACACCCCCUAAAUCCCUUUGGGUAUUAUAACCCCAUCUAAUCCUGGACUUACUACAUCCUAUCUAUAUCCCCCGGGGUAUUUCUACAUCCUACUUAAUCCCGGAUUUAUACAUCCUAUUUAUAUCCCCCUGGACUUUUAAACAUCCUCUCUUUUAAACCCCUGGGCUAACAACCUAUCUAAUCCCCCUGGAAUUAUUUAUCCUAAUCAUAUUCCUGGAAUUACUCAUCCUACUUGAAACCUCCGGAUAUUACCCAUCCCACUCUAUAUCCCCGGAAAUUUUUACUACAUCCUACUCUAUAUCCUCCGACUUUACUACAUCUAUCUAAUCCUCCUGGACUAUUUUCCCCUCCUAUCAACCCCCGGACUAUUUUCACCACCAAUCCUCCCCGGGCUAUUUCUAAUCCCAUUAAUCCUGGGACAUUAUAAAUCCCCACUCUAUAUCUCCUGGGCUAUUUUAAUCAUCUAUAUCCUCCUGGACUAUUUUACAUCCUACUUAUACCUCCGGACUUUUUUACCCACCUCUUUUCUCGGACUAAUUUCCCUACUCUAAAACCCCCUGGCAACAUACCAAUUUUUCCUCCGGGGGCAUUAUAAAAAUCUAAAAUCCCCGGGAAAAACUUUUAAUCAAUUUUAAAUUUUUGGAAUUAAACCACUCUAUAUAAACCCGGACAUUUUAAAAAUUUUUUUGAUAUUUAAAAUCCACCCCCAAAUCCUGGGCUUUACUACAUCCUAUCUUAUUCCCGGACUAUUAUACAUCCUACUCUAUUUGGACAACAACCCAUCAUACCUGGGUAUUUAAUAAUUUCUUAACCCCGGACUAAAAACAUCUAUUAUUUGGGGUAUUUUUCCCACUAGACCCCCUGGAAUUAUAAAACUACUCUAUUUUUCCGGACUAUUUUCCCCCUAUUAUAUUCCCUCCUGGAUUACUCCCCUCCCACCUAAUCCUCGGACAUUACCAUCCCACUCUAAUCCCCCCUGGGGGCUAUUUCUAAAACCUUUCCUAAUCCUUGGGGGCAUUAUAAUCCACUCUAUAUUGGGCUAUUUCCCCAUCCCCACUUAAUCCCCCUGGAUAUUUUAAAUUACCUAUAUUUCCCGGGGAAUACAACCCACAAUAUCCCCGGGAAAAAAUUUAAAAAACCACUUAACCUCCCGGACUAUUUCUACAUCCCAAUCUAAUCCCCGGGGCCCCAUUACUCAUCCUACCCAAUUCCUGGAAAUUAACCCUCCUCUAAAUUUCCCCUGGGGUAUAUCAUCCAUUUUAUUCUGGACUAUUACUAAUCCACUUAUCCCGGAUUUAAAUAAACCUACCUAUACCUCCUGGACUAUUACUCAUUACCAUACCCCCGGUAUUACUCAUCCUUCUAUAUCCUCCGGGGCUAUUAUCAUCCAAUUAUAUCCCGGACCUUUUCUACAUUACUUAUAUCCCAUGGAUUUUAAUCAAUCUAUCUAUAUCAUCCUGGACUAUUAUACAUCCUACUCAUUCCUCCGGAUAUUUCUAACCAAACUAACCUCGGAAUUUACCCCACCAACCUAAUACCUGGGACAUUUCUUUCCCAUCCACUUAAUCCCCCCCGGGAAUACUACUCCUACUCUAUAUCCCCUGGGCUUACUACACCUACUCAAUCCUCCCGGACAUUACUAAUCCUACUCAACCCCAGACAAAAAUCCACCUUUAACCCGGGAAAUUUACUAAUCCUAUUAUAUCCUCCUGGACAUACUCCCUCCCACUCUAUAUUCUGGAUAUUAUACUCCACUCUAAACCCUGGUAUUAUUCCUAAUUAAUUCUUGGUUUACCCCACCACUCAAAACCCGGGACUAACUCCCACCAACCCCGGACAACCAUCCUAAAACUAAUCCUCCGGAAUAACAUCCCCUUUUAUCCCCGGGGGAAAAUUUUAAAAAACCUAUAAUCCUCCGGGGCUAACAAUCCACCAACCCCACAACACAUCCUAUUAAUCCCCGGAUAUUUCUACAUCCAUCUUAUCCCCUGGACUAUUACUCCCUACUCUUUUAUCCUCCGGACUAUUACUAUUCCACCUUUUUAUCCUCUGGACUAUUAUCCCCUACCCAUAUCCUCUGGGGCAUUACUCCAUCCCACCUAUUCCUGGAAUUAACAUCCUAUUAUAUCCCCGGGACUUAUUUUAAAACCUAUUAAUUCCUGGACUAUUUACAUCCACUUUAAACCCCGGGGCUUUCUACUCCACUUAUAUCCUCCUGGACUUUUACAUCCUAUUUUAUCCUUGGACAUUACUAAUCUCUUAUACCUUGGCUAUUACUAAUCCUAUCUAAUUUGGACUAUUUCUAAUUUCCCACCUUUUUCCUCUGGGUAUUUUACUUUACUCUUUAACCUCCGGACCCAUUCUACAUCCACUUAUUUUCUGGACUAUUACUACAUCCUACUCUAUAUCCUCCUGGACAUUUAUACUUCCUACUCUAUAUCCUCCUGGACUAAGUGUAUACUCCUUCUUGUUUUUGACAGGAAAGGAUUGGUGUGUGUUAGAAAUAUGUCGUAAACUUCCACUAGCCAUGGCAAUCCAAUGAUUUGUUAAAUACAUGGGGAGUUGUACACACUUCAGGACAAUCCAACCUAAUCAUCACACAAGCACCUUCACCGGUGCAUCCUUAUCAAUCGUACUAUGAUGCUGUUAAAUAACGUACGGGAGUAAUGAAUCCCUCUAGAGCAGGAGAGAGAGAGAGAGAGAGAGAGAGGAGAGAGCAGAGAGAGAGAGAGAGAGAGAGAGAGAGAGAGAGAGAGCUCUAUGAAGAAUGAGAAUAGCGAGAGAUAUAGAGAUCUAUCUCGGCAUACUCAUACCCCUAUAUAGCUCGAUCUCUCUCUCUAUCUCUCGCUCUCUCUCUCUCUCUCUAUCUCUCUCUCUAUCUCUAUCUCUCUCUCUCUCUAUCUCUCCCCCCUACAGAACGAGUCCUCUGGCUGAGGCAGAUGAGGGAGAUGGAGGAUCGUCUGGGAAACGAGGCUGGAGGUUAUCAGGACUCCAUCACCCGUCUGGAGUCUGAGAUCGCCAAGAUGAAGGAUGAGAUGGCUCGCCACCUCAGAGAGUACCAGGACCUGCUCAACGUCAAGAUGGCCCUGGACAUAGAGAUCGCUACCUACAGGAAACUACUGGAGGGAGAGGAGAGCAGGUAGGACAGAGGGAGGAGUAGAGAGAGGGAGAGAGGAGAGGGAGGAGAGGAGUAGGGGGAGGGAUAGUGGAGAGGGAGGGGAGGAGUAGGGGGAGGGAUAGAGGAGAGGGAGGAAAGUAGUAGGGGGAGGGAUAGAGGGAGGGGAGGAGAGAAGUAGGGGGAGGGAUCCCAAAAUAAAUGUUUAAAGUGAUCAAAACAAAUUAAAUUAGAUGUGCAAGACAUUUUAUAGAUAAAAGGAAGAAGUAGAAUAUUGUUUUGAAAUGUGUGCACGCUUUUCUACUCAGACAAAACAACAGCUGAUUCAAAGGGGGUGUGGCAGAUAUUAAAACUCUUCCUGGUAGGAUACACUUGUGCUUCCUCACUAAAAGGAAGAAAUGGAGGAGGGGAGGGGCCAACUUCCGUUUGACUACUAAUGGCCUGACACUCCUCGACCACUUAUCGGUUUCCGGGUCACAGAGGAGAGAGGAUGGAGGAGAGAGGAUGGAGGAGAGAGGAUGGAGGAGAGAGGAUGGAGGACGGACUUUUACCCAAACGAGAGAACCCCUAGGAUUCCUCACAUCCUCUCUCCUCGCCUUCAUCUCAAACGCAUUAGAGAAGAAGGUCGGAUGGGAGAGCCCUCGGGACUUUCUCCUCCGUUACCAUUGAGAAGGAGGGAGGAGAUACGAUGCAAGGAAUUACAAAAGACACAUUGAGAUAGAGCCAGGGUAAAGGUUAGGGACGUCCUGUAGGUGAGGGAGGUCAUCAUCAACGGAAUCAGCCACAACAGAUUGUUGCAGGGACUUUCAAACAAUCAAAAAAAACAGUCAAAUAUAAAAAAAAAUGGAACGUUGAGCUGGCACUCAAUAGGAGCACAUCAAAUAUAUCUAACCUGUCAUUUCCUGUAUGAUUGUCUUCUCUCUGUCUUCCCCAGAAUCACUGUUUCUGGUUCCCAGUCUUCUCACUCUGGCUCCCACUCGGCUGCUCACUCGGCUGCCUCAUCAUAUUCCACUAUUGGAUUCAGA